AUGCGUGCCGGUAUCGGCAUCGUGCUCGUCUGCCUGGCCACCUUGUCGGCUGCAACAAGUCACCCAGCCAACGAUCCUCAGCAGUCGAUGCUGAAUAGGCGCGUGUAUGGCGAAACCUCGUCGGCUGCCUACAAUGCUGUCGCGCAUGAAAUGGGCAAUCAUCGUCUCGAAGCACAUGCAGUCCAUGACGUGCACGGCAAUCCCUACUUCAUUCAAGCGCAAUCAAAGGAGCAUGGAUCGUUUCGCUUCGCGCGAUGGACCCCACAUGAAGACGUUACGGUCCACCUUCCUCCGCUCCGUCAGCAAUACCUUGGUCACGGGCUAAUUGCGGCUACGCAAAGGGCUCAUCCUGCUUCCCACCACACUUUCAUCAACAAGAUGCCGCACGAAAACUUGGAACACAAGGUCUUGGACCAGCACAGGGUCAACUUGGAAUCGGCGGCGGCUUUGAUGACCAACCCGAAUGCACACACUCACCAGCUUGGUGCGGCCGCCCAUAGGCCAAUCAAUGUUGUCGAAUCUCACCCAGCAAAUCUCGCCGAGCCUCGACCCGACCAAAUUUCCAGAAUAGGCGCCUCCUCCUCCAAUCCCGUACACUUGGACUCUCCAAAGCCAGCCUCCACUUCGAAGAUGCCACCGUGGAUGGUGAAUGCUCUUAAAAAUCCUGGUGGAAAGACGGGAGGAGCUAGCAGCUCUGGUACGUCCAAGCUGGCACCUUGGUUGCAAAAGGCAAAAGAAGAGCUGGCAGCAAAGGAGGCGGCAGAACAGGCAGCAGCAGCAGCAAAAAAAGCAGAGGAAAAGGCAACUGCCACAAGCUCCUCUUCAGCCAGCUCGACCGGAAAGAAGCGCUCUCGCACAAACUCGCCUGAGGAUGCACCUGCCGCACAGCGCACGCGCACUUCUUCUCCGCCCACGGCUCAGGAACGCCGCGGAUUGUCAGCGCAGCCGGAGCUACUGAAGCGAACCGUCGAGCCUGUCGAUCAGGAUGAAUACGCCGGCUCUUUUCUAGAAGCGCGCAGCAAAUGGGACGUUGCUCGAAAUUGGUUCAAGACUGAUUUCAAAGAGCAGCCCAUCACGGGUACGGCACCUCUGGGUGGUGCGGUGCGUCUCAAAGAAAAUCAAAGGUGGGCCGUCCUGGUGCAGCACCCCAAUUUGCAGGUGAAGCACGAGUGGGUGGGAGGCAAAUACAGAAAAUUCAAUGGCCUUCCCUACCACGGAACGGGCGAAGAGACGGGUCAUUCGAUCAAGGAAGAAUCAGCUAAAGCCCUCGCCGAAGGCAAAAAGGUCACGAAAUUUCCCUACGACACGCAGAAUCGUUACCCCCCUCUGCACCAAAUGGCCUUUCAAGAAAAGAUGGUGCUGCGCAUCGCAAAAGCAAAGGCGACGGGCGGUAAAGUGAGCACAAAGCUGGACAGACCCAAGCCUGCGGGAGACUCCUGA